GGCGCGAGAGACAGCCAGAAUGGGACAGAAAGGAGAACAAGAAGAUCCACAGUCAUGACCGUACACGACCAAACACCACUCACGAAAUGGAACAAAUGGACGAACGAACGAACGAACGAAAAUAUGGAGCGGGCGUUAGUCAUCGAGUUUACCUUGCAAUAUCAAGGAUUUCCUUUUUAUUUGCCCUUCUUCUUUUAGCGUUUCGUUAUGGAACCCCUCUCUUGUGCAAAUUCGCACCAACAAAGAUUCAGAUCGGAAUAGCAGAUUCUCUCCAUCUCUCCUUCGUUUUUCAUAAUAUGUGAUUCUAUGCUAUUUAACUGCGUAUUGAUAUUGGUCCUCCAACUUGCUCGUCCCUCACCGCCGCGGACAGGGCCUCCGCCGAGCAACUAUAAUGCCGCCCAAAAAAAGUCCAAAAA